UAACGCUGCUGAGUGUAUAAAAGUUCAAGUUUUGGUUUUAGUUCUGAACUAGUAGUGAGGUAACAAGGAGCCUUUUCUUUUAGGAGGCUCGGGAUGGAGGAAGUGCCGACUAAACGAGGUUGCUGUCAGCGCUUUCUCUCGUCUCUCACGACCACCCUCAGACAAUUCUUUCUUAUACUUGCCAAGAACUUCUUACUCCAGAUUCGUCGUCCAAUUAGUACGGGCUUUGAGAUUGUUCUGCCUAUUCUUGCUGUUGUCUUCAUUGUCGGUUUGAGGUUGGGGUUGAAUGCCUUACAGCCUAGUGAUGAGUGUUUCAGGACAUUUGAUUCAGAUAAUUUAGAAAUCUUUCCUUCACCAUUCACAGUAUAUUAUUCUCCUAACAACAGUGCUACUCGAGAGGUAGCUACUAACUUGCGAAUGCUAAUAAGUUCUUCUUUGGGUGACUUGAUUCCAGCAUCAAGUGAAGCACAGAUGGUUGAGAUGAUUAAUCAAGCUGCUGAUUCUGGUACACCUCAGUUUCAACGGGGGUGCUAUAUGCAUGGACCAAUAGGUAUCUAUUUUGAUGAUCUUGUUAGCAAUGAUAUAGCUUAUACUCUGAGGUUCCAUCAGAACAACUCUUUCCUUACCCAGGACACUACUAAUAACUUUCAGAUCCUUGGAGCUACUGUCUCCCCAAAUCCAUAUUUCAGCAAUGGGUUCAUGCACAUUGAGAAGUUGAUCAAUGAUGCUAUAUACAUGUACAAGACUGGGUCAGAACUGCCAGUAGAAGUUAAUGUCAGGCAAUUCCCCUAUCCUUCUUACCAACAAGAUUUCUUUCUCUUGACUGUCUCAUUCAUUCUUCCUCUAUUUCUCAUUCUUGCUCUCAUUACUUCCGCUGGGUUUUUUGUCAAAGAGCUGGUCCUUGAGAAGGAGACACGCAUUCGCGAGACUAUGAAAAUGAUGGGACUCAGUAACUGGAUACUGUGGACCACCUGGUAUCUGAAACAGAUCCUCUUCUAUCUUCCUGUCAUCAUUAUAAUGAGCAUACUCUUAAAAUAUGGACGUGUCUUCCCAGAGAGUGAUGCGUUCCUGAUAUUUGUGUUCUUCUUUAUGUACAUGAUGGCUGGGAUCGCUUUCUGCUUCUUUGUUAGUGCCUGGUUCUCUUCAGCAAGGAUUGGUCUUUUUGCUGGAUUCAUUGCUUGGUUUUUGUUUUAUAUGCCUUACUUUUUUAUUAAUUAUCAAAUAAUUGACCUAGGUACUAAGAUUGGCCUCUGCUUCAUUCCUAAUACUUGCAUUGGAUUGGCAGCUAAUGUCCUCACUGCCUUGGAGCUCCGUCAAGAAGGACUAACAUUCUCAAAUUUUGCGACUAAAGUCUCUUUGGAUGACACGUUUCACAUGGGCUAUGUGAUACUCAUCCUCACUGCUGAUAUCAUCAUAUACAUGCUGCUUUACUGGUAUAUUGAUGCUGUCAAACCUGGCACCUAUGGUGUUCCAAAGCCACUUUAUUUCCCAUUCCUUCCCUCCUAUUGGUGCCCAAACAGGAAAUCCUCACCACUAAAAGAUGAUGAAAUUGAGGCUCUUUCAAAUACAGCUGGUAAGGACUCUGCGUCUCAUGAAGCUGAACCCAGUGAUCUCUCCAUUGGAAUAUCGAUAGAUAAACUAACCAAAAUCUACAACAGGAGGAGUUUAAAGGACAAAAAGUUGGCUGUUGACAAUUUAUCAUUAAAAAUGUUCAAAGGACAGAUCACGGCACUACUUGGACACAAUGGAGCCGGAAAGACCACCACGAUAUCCAUGCUCACUGGCCUCUAUACACCAACUGCUGGGAGGGCACUCAUCAACGGACUAAGUGUUGUUGAAGACAUUGAUCUUAUUCGCACUAACCUUGGGAUAUGUCCACAACACAAUGUAUUGUUUGAUAGACUCACUGUAAGAGAACAUCUCUACUUCUUUUCAUUGUUAAAGGGUUGCCCGUGGAAAAAGGCAAGAGAAGAGGUCCCUGUGAUGGUCGAUGACUUGCUCCUGGCAGAUAAGAACACUACGCAGUCACAGAAACUCUCCGGAGGUAUGAAGAGGAAACUUAGUGUAGGUGUGGCCCUGGUUGGAGGGUCAGAAGUGGUUAUACUCGAUGAGCCUACGAGUGGUAUGGAUCCUUAUGCCAGGAGGGCCACCUGGGACCUAUUGAUUAAAUAUAAACAAGGAAGGACUGUACUACUCACAACACACUUCAUGGAUGAAGCGGAUAUAUUAGGUGACCGUAUUGCCAUCAUGGCCCAAGGGCAGUUGAAGUGUAGUGGCUCGUCUCUCUUUUUGAAGAGCAAGUAUGGUGUUGGGUAUCAUUUAACGAUGGUAAAGGACGAGAAAUGCGAUUCUGAUGCAGUGUCACAGCUAGUGAAGAGUACCAUACCAGGCAGUGAAGUUGGUACCGACGUUGGAGCUGAGCUGUCAUUUAUAUUACCAGCACAAUCCUCUCAUCUUUUCCCUGACCUUUUUGACACUUUUAAUGAUAAGAAGGUCAGUCUUGGUAUUAGCAGUUUUGGUAUAUCAGUGACUACAAUGGAAGAGGUUUUCAUUAGAGUGGCGUCAGAGACGGAGCAUCUUCUGACCAGAGAAUCAAGGUUGGAGCGUCAAACUUCUCUCCUUCCCCCACAAAGUCCUGUCUUUGCUAACGUUGCCUUAGAGCCUGGCCUAGAUCAAGUUGAGGAGACUCAGGUGGUCAGUAUAAAGAUGGGAGAUACUGAGGAAGGUGAGAGGGAGGUGGACGAAGAGGAGCCGAAGAAGGUUGAGACAUUUGAAAUUGCUGUUAAUGGAGAAUCAGCAGAAUUGACACAGGCACCAACCAAAAUCAACACUGGUAUCAUACUUUGGUUCCAACAGUUUCUCGCCAUCUUCCUAAAGCGUUUCAUAAAUUCAUUUCGUUUCUGGGUGGCCAUUAUAUGGCAGCUGGUCAUUCCAAUGUUGUUUGUUCUCUGGGGCCUCUUGGUAGCUGAGUUUGUCCCUGGCAUUACCUCUGAGCCUCCAAGGAGAUUAAUAUCUGUCUCCAAUUCUGCCCCUUCUACUGAGAAUAUCACAUUCUUUUAUGCUUCGUUUCUACCUAAUGGCUACACACAGAGCUUCUUCAAUUCCACCAGUGGUGCAACUAUCAAUGCAACUAACUUCUUUGACUAUACUUCAAGUGCUAGGACAAUACGUGAGUCAGUCCAGAACUAUACCCAAGGCUCUCAGUGUUGCAGUUAUGAACAUCAAAUACUUGACAAGUUCUGUGCUUCAAGGACACUAGAUCAGUUAAGACCUUCAGGAAGUUUUGCUGAUCCUUGUAGAGACUCUGAGAACUUUGGCUACAAGAAUUGCCUAGACUGUCUAAGCUGUUGUCGUCACAGUGGUGCUGAUGAUAGAAGUAUCUAUACUCUAGCUGACACGUGUAGUAAAGAAGGAGCUACAAGAGAUUGUCCUGCGCCUCCUCCAGUGUCAGUGUCUGAUAUUGAUAACCCUAUUGGUCCACUUGAUGACAUGAACGUCUUUAUUGCUGAGCAUUUGUUAGAUGUCAGUGAAGGUUUCCAUGUCUUUGACUUCUUUCUUAGAUUCCAGGGUGGCUAUGUAGUACAUCCUCCGCCUCCUACCUACGCCAGCUGUGGUUGUCAAACUUCAAAUGCAGAAAGAAGAUGUGGUAAUCUUAUCUUCUCUCUUGAUGAUAUAACUGUAGACGUUAACUCUACUGGAUGCCCUUCUAUACCGAACUUUACCCCUUGCACUAACCUCACUGAUACUCCAACUGACGAUUGGAACUAUGAGUAUAAUGUUGGGAUUGAGGUCUGUGCAAGUUCUUCUGCUGGUUGUAGCCCUUGUCAAAUUGGGAAAGUAACCCAGCCACCACCACCGUUGGGUAAACCAACCGUCACUGUCUGGUAUAAUAAUGAGCCAUAUCACAUGGCAGCAGCAGCUCUUAAUGGACUCUACAGUAUAUUAUUAAAGAAUAAUGAUAGCAGGUACACCCUCUCUGUGUACAACCAUCCAUUGCCUAGGACAGUUAGGGAACAGGCUGCACAACCUGGUGAUGUUUUUGGGUUUAUCAUUUCGGUCCUUUCUGUAUUUGGGCUCAGUUUCUUGUUUGCUAGUUUCAUCAUUAUCAUUGUACAAGAGAGAGACUCUAAGGCAAAGCACCUUCAGUUUGUCAGUGGAGUGAGUCCUUCCUCGUACUGGCUGGCCACUUACUCUUGGGAUCUCAUCAAUGCUUUCAUUCCUUGUGUCAUCACCGUCAUACUCUUCUCUGCCUUUCAGAUCAAUGGAUACAAGGGAGAUAACAUUGGAGCCAUAUUCUUGCUAAUAUUGCUGACCUGUUGGGGCACUAUACCUACCAACUACAUCAUGUCUUUUCUGUUUCUCAAUGGUCUAGUUGCUUUCUGUGUCAUGUUAUUGCUAUUCUUCUUUGUGUCACUGGCAUUCUAUGUUACAAUUUUUGUUGUAACUAAUCAAGAUGACAAAGAUAUAAUGCACUAUAUAUUUCUACUCCAUCCUCCUUACGCGUUAAUUAGUGGCCUGUCUAGGAUGUACGAUAAUCAGCUUAGGAGGGAUAGUUGUGAGAGAAGUGACUUCACCAGAACGAUCUGUGAGGAGUCUAAUAUUGAAUACACUAAUAACAUUUUUGAUUUCUCUCUUCCCGGAAUCGGUCACAUAUUUCUUUAUUUGUUUAUUGAGGGGAUCAUCUUCAUUGUAUUAACAAUACUAAUUGAAAGAGGUUUUUUCAUUCCUGAGUUUAGACAACUCCUAAUUCAAAAACAGAGAGCUAACACACUUCAAGAAGAUGUGAUUGAAAUUCGUCCUGAGGAAGAUGAAGAUGUGUCUAAUGAAAGGAUCAAGGUCCUUCAAAAGAAUUAUUCAACUAAUGAUGCAGUUGUCAUUAAGAACCUGUCCAAGGAAUAUAAGGAUACAGGGGCUACACUGUUUCCAUACUUGGCCCAGUGUGACGGUAGAAAACUAGCAGUGAAUGGUAUCAACCUGAUAAUACCUGCUGGGGAAUGCUUUGGUCUAUUGGGAGUCAACGGAGCUGGUAAAACUACAACCUUUAAGAUGCUCACUGGAGACAUUACGAGCACUGGAGGGACUGCGACACUUGAUGGAUUUGAUAUUAAUACACAGUUGAGGCACGUUCAGCAGAGGAUUGGAUAUUGUCCCCAGUUUGAUGCUAUCAUUGAGAGACUAACAGGACGAGAGCUACUAACAAUGUUUGCUAGACUAAGAGGAAUCCCAGAGUCAAAGAUAAAGGCCGCAGUACAGAAAGAAAUAGAUCGUCUCGAUCUUGCCAAGUAUGCCAACAAGAAAUGCGGGACAUACAGUGGCGGGAACAAGAGAAAGUUGAGCACUGCCAUAGCACUGGUUGGUAAUCCACCAAUAUUACUACUGGAUGAACCAACGACUGGAAUGGAUCCUGCAACUAGGCGAUUCCUAUGGGACGUAUUGAUUAAUGUUGUAAAGGAAGGAAGGAGUGUUAUAUUGACAUCUCAUAGUAUGGAGGAGUGUGAGGCACUCUGUACUAGGAUAGCCAUCAUGGUUAAUGGUAAUUUCAAGUGUCUAGGAAGCAUUCAGCAUCUUAAGAGCAAAUUUGGUCAUGGGUACACAGUCCAGAUCAGUGUAAAACCAACUGGUGCUCCUCUUCCUCCAGUGAUAGAGCGUUCCACUAGCAUUAGACGCUCUAUUCGUAGUGGUGGUGAUAGUGGACCUCGUUCUCCCACUCACCCUGAGCCGGCUGCCACUUCCCCUCGUAGAACUGUUGCUACUAGCGUAUAUGAUACCAAUCCUGUCCAAGAGUAUAUUGUUGCUACAUUCCCAGGAUCACUGCUCCUUGAAUCACAUCAGGGCUCUGUAACAUACAGAGUGCCUGCUGCAGGAGUGUCUGAGUCUAUAUUGUUCCGUACUAUUGAGCAGAAUAAGGAAAGAUUUGGUAUUAUUGAUUACAGUGUUAGUCAGACUACUCUUGAUCAGGUUUUUAUUAAUUUUGCUCGUGAGCAAGAGGAAGAUACACAACUUUAACUGUUACCUUUUUUUGCUUAUAACUAGUCUAGUUUUCUGUAGUACUUAAAUUAUGCAAGCAGGAGUAGCCUGUAAUUAAUUAAACAAUAAUCUUUAAUUAUUUAGUAUGCUGUGUUUUGUGGUAGUCUAUAGUUAAAUGAUUUUACAUCUUUUUUUGCUGCAAACUUUUUGUUGAUUAUUAAGAGCGUUUAUGUCAUUUCCUUCAAA